GAGCGGGCGCGCGGGGCGGAGCCUGGCGAAGACGGGGACGGAGUCGCAGGGGCUGCGGCUGUGCGAGUCGGCGGCUCCCUCGGGCGCUGCUGUGCGGACGUGGAGUCCGCGGGGCGGGUGGCCGCGGCUCCCGGGUGGCACACUCAGCUGAGGGCAGAGGCGACAUGAGUGCGGCGGGACUGUUGGCUCCGGCUCCGGCCCCGGCUGGAGCGCCGCCGGCCCCGGAGUACUACCCCGAGGAGGAUGAGGAGCUGGAGAGCGCCGAGGACGACGAGCGCAGCUGCCGGGGCCGCGAGUCGGACGAAGACACUGAGGAUGCUAGUGAAACUGACUUGGCAAAGCAUGAUGAAGAAGACUAUGUAGAAAUGAAGGAACAGAUGUAUCAGGAUAAACUGGCUUCUCUCAAGAGACAGUUGCAACAACUGCAGGAAGGUACAUUACAGGAAUAUCAGAAGAGGAUGAAAAAACUAGAUCAGCAGUACAAAGAGAGGAUACGAAAUGCAGAACUCUUCCUCCAGCUGGAAACUGAACAAGUGGAAAGAAAUUACAUCAAAGAAAAGAAGGCAGCAGUGAAAGAAUUUGAAGACAAGAAGGUUGAGCUGAAAGAGAACCUGAUUGCGGAGCUGGAGGAGAAGAAGAAAAUGAUUGAAAAUGAAAAGCUGACGAUGGAACUGACUGGAGAUUCUAUGGAAGUGAAACCCAUCAUGACCAGGAAGUUGCGGAGGCGACCAAAUGAUCCUGUCCCCAUCCCGGACAAGAGGCGGAAACCUGCUCCUGCCCAGCUAAACUACUUGUUAACAGAUGAACAGAUCAUGGAGGAUCUGAGAACAUUAAAUAAGCUGAAGUCACCCAAGAGACCAGCAUCCCCAUCCUCUCCCGAACACUUGCCCACCACGCCUGCGGAGUCUCCAGCCCAGAGGUUUGAAGCUCGGAUAGAAGAUGGCAAACUGUACUAUGAUAAACGAUGGUACCACAAGAGCCAAGCCAUCUACCUGGAGUCAAAGGACAACCAGAAAUUGAGCUGUGUGAUCAGCUCUGUCGGAGCCAAUGAGAUCUGGGUGAGGAAGACAAGUGACAGCACCAAGAUGAGGAUUUACUUGGGCCAGCUGCAGCGUGGGCUCUUCGUGAUCCGCCGGAGGUCAGCGGCUUGACUUUCGCCAGUGUUGUUCUUCCCCUGACCCCUUUUCUGGAAUGGUUUUUGGUUUUGUUUUGUUUCCUUCUUAAUAGAAAGUUUUUAACUUUGGACUUGCUCCUUGGCCUUGGAAAAUGGAGGACACUGUGGUGGAUUCUGCAAGGCGCUCUUGUGACCAGCCACUUCCCGCCGCUGUGUCAUUCUUUCCCCGCCUCGCCUUCUUCCCGUCGUCCGUCACCACAAGACUGUUUUACUUUCAGGAGUAUUGGGAGUUUGCUUUACUGAUUUGUUUUUUGCUUAUUCUUUGUCCUUUUUUUCUUCUUCUUUUUUUUAAUGCCGCCUUUGAGUUUGAAGGGACAACUCUCUUAAUUGUACGUCUUUCUGCCAUGACGAGGAGCAGGAAGGGGUACCCUUCUCAGUGCAUUUUCAUGUUUUGAAUUUGAUUAGGGAUCACGUAGCUACCUUCCCAGUUGAGCCCAAUUCACUGUUUCCCCAGAAGCUUGGGGCAGAGGUCCUAGCAGAAGGGGAUUAAUUCUCCUGGCUUUAAGCCUUCUCAGUGAAUGCCUUGUGUAACAUCUGGCGUAUGCCAUCCACUCCACCGGCUGAAAGACAGAAAAAUUCAGCUGGGAGACGACGUGUAUUGCAAUAAAUGGGGUUGGGGGGAGGGGAUGUUUCAUAUUCACAAAGUGCUGAAGGUUCCAUAUUUUAAAUGUUGCUUAAUGCAAGUGGUUCAUUCAAACAGAUUUGUUCUAGCUAAGGCUAGAACAAGAAGCGGUCAUUUCAGAAGUUUUCAUUUGUAAUUCACUUCUCUCUCCUGCUCCCAAGUAGAUGAGGUGUUGCCUGCCGCCGGCUAGUGAUCUGGGUUGUCUGUGGGUGGGGAGGUGAGAUUGAUGGUGGAGCCAUCAGUGAUCUAUAGACUCUUACUCAUAACUCACAUCGCACUCUUGUCACUGGUUGCCUGUGUUGCACCUUGGCCCAAGGAGCCUCUUCAGCACCCACGGGCUCCCCGGAGAUCUCCCAGGAGACCUGGCCCAGGUUGGAGACAAGGAAAGCCGUGGCUGCCGUAAAACCUGCACUCUCCCUAAUGAACCUUGAUGAAACAGCCUACCCUGCUCCCGUUCCCUCAUUCCCAUAGUGGGAGGAAUGGCUCACUGGGUGAUGGUUUUUUGGUUUGUUUGUUUUUUUUAAUAUUCUUCUUGCCACCUUAAGAGGUUUAAAGUACUUGGGUGGGGUUAGAGCAAGUGUUAGCAUCUCUGUGGGCAAUCAGUAGACCUUACACAUUCUAGGAAAUCUUUGUAAGUAAUUCCUUGGUCUCAAGCGAUUGUCUUCGUGUUGUCUCUUGAUGUACACACCCCACAGCGUGUUGGGGAGCUGUGAUGACAAGUGAGUUUCCUUCUCCGGAGUCCUGGCUUCAACAGAGACCAGACCCUACUGACUCAGAGUGAAGACUUGGACAGAUACAUUUUAGUUUGCAUUUAUAAUCCAGUUUUCCUCUCACUUUUUCUGGUUGGUAUUGGACUCUCAUUUAGAAAACAGGGUAAAUGACGCUGUUGAUCAGAAGCUGCCUGGGCAUUCGGAGUUUCUUCUGUCUCCCAGCCCCCCGUGAUUAUGAUCUUUCAAAUAGCAAACCAGGUCGACAGUAAACAGGGGCUUCACCUCUGGUUUCUUCCCGGUGGCCUUUGCUGAAAGGGAGGCCCUCUCCUAAUUGAAUUGCCGCUGUGGUGUGUGUGUCACAUCCCAUGAUAUCAGGGAGCUCUUCCUUAUCCCCUUGUGCCCUCCGAUGGAAAUUUGUUUAGAUAUAUUUAGUGUGUGUUGCCAUUGAAGGUGGUGUUUUUUAAAAAAAAAUUUUUUUAAAUGAUCGUCUUCCUAACACUGCACCAAAGUUUGUUUUUUUUUGGGGGGGGAGGAUUGCACUGAUAACUACUUUUCAGCAUGGAAGCAGCAGCAAGUUGCCUUGUUUUCUUGCCUUGUCUGGUAGUUCCUUUGUGCUUUCAUGAAAUAACUGGUGAUUUGAAGACUGGGCACUUUAGCCAUUUCUCUUCUGUAAAUUUGAGAAUGUUUGAGGCCACAUUUCGGCAUGGUCUCGGCCCCACUGCUGCCUUCUCAGUAUCCUCACAACCUUUAACAAUCAUGAUCUAGUGAAAAUGGCGGAAACCGUAAAGUACACUUGAGACACAGCACAGUAAAUUAUAUUCCUGAUCCCGGAAGACUUGCUCUUUACUGAGUCACUCCAGAGAUGAAAAAUCAGCAGUUCUACCGCUCAGACAGGCCCCUGUGGUGAGCAGGGGUGGAAGAGCCCCCUUGUUAGGAGAUGGAGGUCUUUUGUGAUGGGCAGAAUCAAACGUUAGAAGGAAAAAACAGGCUUAGAGCUUCCUAGAAUAAGAGGGGCCUGGCUUUUAAGCCUAGGUGGUUAUUCUUCCAAAAGAUCUCUGUCUCUUCUUAGACUCCAGGGCACUGGAUAAAUUCCCAUAUUCAAACUGUUUGCUGCAAGUGGUACUUUGGAUAAAGUUUGGUCCAGACAAUUCCAAUCAAGAACCUAUACAUGUAUUAAUCUGAUCAAGAACCUGCGUGUGUGUUAUUCUGUUCAGGAAGCUGUAUGUGUGUGAUUCCGAUCAAGAACCUUUGCAUAUGUUUUGUCGGAGGCAUUGGCCUCAAGUGUUACACACAGUGUUUGCUACGGGUGUGGCCUGAUGUUUAUUUUACCUCCACUUGGGGGU